CUGAGUGCCGUCAUUGUCUGGGUUUGGGCCUCCAUCCUGAAGGGUAGGGCUUGGUCUGCAGGCCCCACCCCACAGCACAGGGCCUGACCCAGCCUGCCUGUGGGUCAAAGUGGUGCCCUGGGAGCGGCCGGGGCUCUGCCAGGCUCGGGGUUGAUCUCUUAUCUCCCAGGGCUGCCUUGAGCCUUAUCUGAUGAGGCCUGACAGGCAGCAGAUGAGACACUGACACAAGCUCAGGGUUAUUCAGUAACCCUGACCUCUUUAAAGCCCCACUGUUUCCUGCGACAUCCAGACCAGCUGCUCCUCCAACUAGGGCUGAGAGAGAACUGCAGUCAUGAAUACCUUCCUGCUCUCAGCGCUGUGCCUCCUGGGAGCCUGGGCUACCCUGGCAGGGGGGGUCACCGUGCAGGAUGGAGACUUCUCCUUUUCCCUGGAGUCAGUGAAGAAACUUAAAGACCUCUGGGAUCUUCCGGAGCCUAAGAUUGGGAACUUCAGGAAGCUUGUGCCCACCCUUGGUAAGCCUGUGGCUCCUGUGAUCUGCAGCUAUGAAGCGUUUCCAGAAGAAAUCAAGCCUGUUUGCAAGGAGCCCAAUGCUGAGGAGAUCCUGCAGAGGCUGGAGGCCAUCGCUGAAGACCCGAGCACGUGUGAGAUCUGUGCCUUCGCUGCCUGUGCUGGAUGCUAGGGCGGUGGUGCUCACUGCCCUCUCCCAACUUUGCAGGGAAGCCCUGUCUUCUGCUGGAGGGGCAGACUCUGAUAUUCCCACACCCAGCUGCACGACCUGCUCUGCCCCAGAAUUGGGGGUGGGGGUUGGGGGUGAGGAGAGAACAGCCCAGAGAGGGGCAGGGGUACUAGAGAUCCAACCAACGCUCGACUAAUAAACCAGA